CCGCCAGCCCGGGCCUUCGGGAUUCCCGCCCAUCCUCGGGUCACGUGACCCUCCAAGAUGGCGGCGCUCAGGACAGAACCUGAAGCGGACGUGAAGGAUGCGGGUCCCGGGCCGAGGAGGGGCGGAGACGCGCGUGAGGGCAUGCAGACAGCAAAAUAUACACAUGCUCAACCCAGUCCUUCUCUAGGAAAUGCAAAAUUCAGAACACCAGUGGUCUUGGAAAUCCUAGAAAAACAUUUUGAGCGUCUUACAGAAGACAAGACAAUACCCGGAACAGUACUACUUGCAACAUCAGCUAGUUGCUCUGGAAUAUUGGCAAACUUCAUUUUGAGAUACUGCUUCAAAGUUAAAUACGAUGCUUUGAAGACCUAUGCAUCAGCAGUGGCGCUUCCAUUUUUGUCUACCAUAGUCGCUAACAAGUUCUUUGUAACUGAUGCUUUGUAUUCAAGUAAUAUAAGCAAGGAAAAUUGUGUGCUGAGAAGUUCACUGGUUGGCCUCGUGUGUGGGGUUGUAUAUCCCAGUGGAUUGGCUUUUGCUAAAAAUGGACGCCUGGCGGUCAAGUAUCAUACUGUUCCACUGCCACCAAAAGGAAGGGUUUUACUUCAUUGGUUCCUGCUUUGUCAAACACAAAUAAAAGCAAUGUUAGUUCCUCUAGUGUUUCAGACACAGUUUGGACUACUUAAUGGUCUACAGCAGUAUGCAGUAUAUAAAAAAACAUGUGAAAACACCAUACCUGAAGACUGAAGAAUCUAUGGAUGGCAGCCCUGCAGUAUGUUUUAUAUGAUGAGGACUGAAGCGUUGCUAAGAGUAAAAACAACUGUUCCUUUUGCCUGGUAUAUAGCAGAUAAUAAAUAUUUAGUAAUUCAAUACAAAUGCUAAACAAACUGAGUUUCAUCUUUACUGUAUGUGGAAAUAGGCUUAGGACCUCAGGUCUGAUCUGUGCAGUCAUACAUUUAGAACAGUCAUGGAAUGCUUACUGCAUGCUUGCUGUGUCUCGAAUACUGUAUUACACAUAAUAAAUGGUUCUU